AUGGUACUGCCCCCCAAAAUGAGGCCACUGCUGUUGUUCCUGAUUUUCCAGAUGGCCAUCUUCGUUCUGUACAUCCAUUUGUACAACCACAACUUCAACUCCCUGUCUACGAGGGCGGAGCCCAAGCCCAUGCAUGUACUGGUCCUGACUUCCUGGCGCUCGGGCUCUUCUUUUGUGGGGCAGCUUUUCGGGCAGCACCCAGAUGUCUUCUACCUGAUGGAGCCUGCCUGGCACGUCUGGAUGACCUUCACACAGAGCACCUUCAGGAACCUGCAUAUGGCGGUGCGGGAUCUGAUACGGUCCAUCUUUCUGUGUGACAUGAGCGUCUUUGAUGCCUACAUGAAACCUGGUCCCCGAAUACAGUCCAGCCUCUUCCAGUGGGAAACCAGCCGGGCUCUGUGUUCUCCGCCUGCCUGCAACGCCUUCCCAAGGGAUACCAUCAUACCGGGGGCUCACUGCAAGAUACUGUGCAGCAAACAGCCCUUUGAGAUGGUGCAGAAGGCCUGCCGCAACUACAGCCACGUGGUGCUCAAGGAGGUGCGCUUCUUCAACCUGCAGGUGCUCUACCCGCUGCUGAGGGACCCUUCCCUCAAUCUGCACAUCGUGCACCUGGUUCGGGACCCCCGGGCGGUGUUCCAUUCCAGAGAACGCACCACAAAAGAACUCAUGAUUGACAGCCAAAUUGUGAUGGGACAGGAGCAGCAGAACCUCAAGGAGAAUGACAAACCCUACUAUGUGAUGCAGGUUAUCUGUCAAAGCCAGAUGGAGAUCUAUAAGGCUGUGCAGACCUUGCCCAAAGCACUCAAGCAGCGCUACCUGCUUGUGCGCUAUGAGGACAUGGUCCAGAACCCCCUGGCCCAGACUGCCCGAAUGUAUGAAUAUGCAGGGUUGAAAUUCUUGCCACACCUCCAGGCCUGGGUACACAACAUCACUCGAGGCAAGGGCACGGGUAGCCACUCCUUCAAAACAGAUUCCAGGGAUGCCCUCAUUAUCUCCCAGGCCUGGCGCCGGUCCUUGCCUUAUGAAAAGGUUUCUCGACUUCAGAAAGUCUGUGGUGAUACCAUGAACUUGCUGGGCUACAGCCUCGUCAGAUCUGAGCAAGAGCAGAGAAACCUGUCGCUGGGUCUUCUGUCUACCUGGACCCCUUGA